AUGGCUGCGGCUGCGACCAACGGCGACUCUGCGACGGCCGCUCUCGACGCCAUCAAGCCCCCUCCCGGCGUCGUUCUACCUCCACGCGAGAUCCGCAACGUCCUCGAAAAGACCGCCGGCUACGUGGCGCGAAACGGCGCCGUCUUUGAGGAUCGCAUUCGCGACAAGGAAGCACAGAACCCCAAGUUCAGCUUUCUCAACGCAGCCGAUGCAUACAAUGCCUUCUACCAAUGGCGGCUGAACGAGGUCCGCGCCGGCCGCGGGACAUCCAUUGCCGCUGGUCGAGCGAACGAGUCGUCGACCCCAGUGCCGGAGAAACCGCAAGGGCCACCAAAACCUCCCGACUUUCAGUUCUCGGCGAGGAUGCCCAGGAUCAAUCAGAAGGACUUGGAUGUCAUCCGACUGACGGCGCUAUUCGUCGCCAAGAAUGGACGACAGUGGAUGACACAGCUGGCCCAGCGCGAGACGGGCAACCCGCAAUUUGCCUUUCUGAUACCGAACCACACCUUCCACAACUUCUUUCAGCACAUUGUCGACCAGUAUACGACGCUGCUGCGGGCAAGCGGACUAGGGGGCGAGGGAGGCAAGCUGCAGGACGAGCGCAUGGCCGAGCUGGAGCAGAACGUCGCGGACAAGUUCCACGUGCUGAACCGCGCGAAGCAACGAGCAGAAUACGCGAAACACGUCGAGGCGGAGAGGCGCAAGAAGGAGGAGGAAGAGCAGGAGGCCAAGGCCGAGUUUGCGAGGAUCGACUGGGGCGACUUUGUGGUGGUCGAGACGAUUGAUUUCACAGAUGCUGAUGAGAAUACCCAACUACCGCCGCCGACGUCGCUGUCUGACCUGCAAUACGCGUCGCUCGAGGACAGGAACAAGGCCUCCAUCUCCUCGAAUCUACGGCUGGAGGAGGCUUUCCCAGGCGAAGAGGACUCGAUGCACAACGGAUACCCAGCCGCACAGCAAACGCCCACCAGCUACGGGCAACAGCAAACGCAACAGCAGCCACAGGCGGGCUAUGCGCCGCAGAUGCCAGCGCCAGGGGCUUGGAACAAUUCGCCCCAGGCGAACCCACAGCAAGAAGAAGAGGAGCGGAGGAUACAGGAGCGCAUGGACGCACAAGCCCGCAUGCAUCAGGCCCAGUCCGAAGCCAGGAGUGGGCCGGGCGCGAUGAAGAUUCGAGAAAACUAUGUACCGCGAGCAGCGCAAAAGGCGGCGGCCAAGCAAACAGGCAUGGCGACGUGUCCCAACUGCAAGCAGCCCAUCCCGAUCGAUGAGCUGGAAGCCCACAUGAGGAUCGAACUCUUGGAUCCCAGCUGGAAGGAGCAGAAAGCCAAAGCCGAGUCCCGCUACGCGCACUCGCACGUGUCGCAUGCUGAUGUGGCCAACAACCUCAAACGCCUGGCCAGUCAACGAAGCGACGUAUUCGACCCUGUUACCGGGCAAGCGGUGUCCGAGGAUGAGUUGGCGCGGAGGAAGAGGGCUGCGCUGCAGAGCUACGACGGCAACCCCGAGGGGAAAAGCCAGCCGCAUGCCGGGCAGAUGCAGUCGUACAAUGUGGAGGAACAGAUCCGAAAGAUUCAUCAAAAGUUUGGCGAUAAGAAAUGA